AUGCAGAAUCUUGAAAAGGCGAUGCGUGACGCUAAGAGAGCUACGUACAAGGUGCAUACCGCCGAGCAGAACGCUGCUGCCGCUUCGCAUGCCUCGGCUGCGGACCUGAAUGACCAGCUUCUUUGGAUAGCCGUAGAACCAUUUUGGUCGAAUAUAGCUGCCGACUGGCAAGCUGUUGUUGCCGCUGAAAAAAACAUAGAAGCCGAAUGGCGCAAGGCUACCCUGUCAACGCAGGAGUUAGAUGUUCCAACACGGAAUACCAACAUUCUCGCUGCCGCUUGGUUAGGUUCAGCAUGGCACGAUGUGGCUAACGCUUGGAGGCAUGCCGCUCCAGCUAGUCAAACCAACAACGUUACUCGGAAUUCUGUUACCGCCGCUGGUCGCAAGGCCAUCGCAGCUGGACAUGCUGCUGCUGUCGCGGAGCAGAAUUGCUCGACAUGGCAGCGUUUAGCUGCUGCUUGGCAAGAUGCUGCGACCGCCGCGCUUGAUGUGGUUGUAGUUGCGCAGAACUCGCAGGAUGUCGAUCCCGCUUGGAAGGCUUUAAUAAAUGCUUGGAAGGAUGUGGCCGCUACCUGGCAGCGUAAAGCCGUUGAGGCACAAGGAGGACUUCUGCGCGUUUUUGAAAAUCACGCAUGGAAGGAGAUCAAGAAGAAAAUGGAAGUGGAGAGAACCGCCAUCUUGCGCGACCGUGAGUCUGACCUGAACCUUGCGCUAAUGUACCUUGAACGAAGCCGCCGACUUCAACAUCGAUAUUUAUUUCUGCGAAAGGAUGUGGAUCACGAUCGUGAACAAUUCAGGCUUCUUUCAAAAGAGCUAGCAACAGCUCCACUUCCGACAGAAGACGCUGACCGACAAAUCUGGGUGAUAUCACCAAACCAAGUUACUGGACGUUGGAUAGAAACAAACGGGCGCAGAGCCGUUAAAGAAGCUAAUGACGAGGAGGGCUUCUGGGAGCUGGGGCCUUAUAGGGAGAUUGUUUUCUGUGCGAAAGGCACAGAAAACAAGCCUGAGCCGGCGACGCAUCCCCCGUCACCGGUAAACUUCACUCCACCGGUUUCCCGCCGCACACGACUGGCAGAUGCGCACUCGAGCUCCGAUGUCGUCACGUCCUCAGGGGACAACUCGCCAACCCAUGAACUA